AUGCUCUCCCGGUCACUGACGUCUUGCUUCAGACAGCUCUCCAUCUCAGCAGCUCCCACACAAUGCCGUACUGCUGCUCCUGUCUUGCGGCGUGCACUUCACUCUUCAGCCCCCGUCUGGAAAAAGACUUCCACUGCAGUUGAAGAAGACCAGCAAUCCACUUCGUCUCUUUUUGGAGACAUCACGACUCCUACCGGCUCUACUGUUCUCGACACUGUGGCCUCGCGUGCUGGUGAAUCUCAGACCCCGAAAAAGAAGGAAGAUGGCUCUGAGGAGGAAGAGGCCAUUGACUACACCAAGGUUGAUUUUACCAACGACCCCGACGUGCUUGCACACAACUUCCCCAAGCCUGAGAAGCCUACAGAAAUCCUUCUGUCACCACUCAAGCGUGAAAUUUACGAGGCCGCUAUUGCUCAGUAUGGCUCCUACUCUCCUAAGCAAAUCAUCACUCUCCCUGACGGCCGCCGCUUUAAGCUUUCUCUUACCCGUGAGGAGCUCGAGUUCCUUCAACCUUCCGUCUACCUGACAUCUGUCCGCAUUAAGGGUUCCUACAAGAAGGGUACUGUCUUUACACGACUGCUGCGUGAAAUGGAUCUCAAGCAAGCUAUCACCCAAUGCCACUUCUCUAAGAAGCGCAUGGCCCGUGAUGUUGGUGAGAUGCUCACAAGAGGUAUUGACCAUGCAAAGAAGCUUGAGAUUGAUCCUGAACAGCUUUACAUUUCUCAGAUCUGGGUUGGAAAGGAGCCCUUCAUUCAGAAACGUGUUCACUUUAAGGGUCGUGGUCGCUCUGGUAUCAUGCACCACCCUUACAUUCACAUCAAGGCCAUUCUUAAGACUAAGCAGACCAAGCAAGAGUUUGAGCAGGCUAAGAAGGACCGCAUUGCCAACCGCAAGGUUUGGCAGCAACAUCACAAUGCCCCCAUCAAGGUUUACAGAGGAUCUAACCAAUACCAGUGGUAA